AAAUGUAGCUUUGUUUCCAUUUUCAAGAGCUAUAAAAUUGUUCUUCCUGUUGCAUUUUAUAUUAUCAUCAAUGAAUCAUAACUUGAUUCAACGGGAGAACAUGUGUCAACCGAUAGACAUAUAUAAUCAAAGGAGAAACCGUGUGAUACCUGAAUUUCAAAGGCAAAUUGGAUCUUUUCGAUAUUCCAUCGAAGAAUGCUUCACCAAUCACGACACAACCCUUGCUAAUCGUCCCAAGACCAUCACCUCUGAUCACUUCAGCUACGGCUACAAAAACUUCGGAUUUGCUCCUUAUGGCGAUCUCUGGCGAACUCUCCGACGUCUCUCCACUCUCGAGGUCUUCUCCUCCGUCAGCCUACAGAAGAACGCUUACAUACGAAAUGAAGAAGUGUCCAAUCUCUGUUCGAAUCUCUUCAGAUUAUCCCGUGACUCUCGGAGAGUGGAUCUCAAGUAUCAAUUCACUCUUCUCACAGCUCAUGUCAUGUUUAGAUUAGUGUCUGGCAAUCGUGGGGUCGAAGAGAGCGAUCCGGAAUCAGAGAAGAGGUUCUUGGAUGAUUUCAAAUUGAGGUUUUUCUCGAGCAUGUCGAUGAAUGUCUGCGAUUAUUUCCCAGUCUUGAGGUGGAUUGGGUACAAAGGUCUCGAGAAGAGAGUGAUUGAGAUGCAGAGGAUGAGAGAUGAGUAUCUUCAGCGUCUCAUUGAUGAUAUUCGAAUGAAGAAAUUUGAUUCCACUGGUUCAAUAGUAGAGAAAUUCUUGAAGCUUCAAGAAUCAGAACCUGAAUUUUACGCAGAUGAUGUUAUCAAAGGAAUCGUAGUACUAAUGUUCAAUGGCGGAACGGAUACAUCACCUGUGGCAAUGGAAUGGGCAAUGGACGGUGAGCUUUGGGAAGAAGCUGAUGUUUUCAAGCCGGAGAGAUUUGAAGGGUUUGCUGGCGAUAGAGAUGGUUUUAGGUUUCUGCCAUUUGGAGUUGGAAGGCGGGCGUGCCCUGCAGCUGGACUUGGAAUGAGGGUAGUAGCGCUUGCUGUUGGCACAUUGGUUCAAUGUUUUGAGUGGGAGAAGGUAGAAGAAGGAGACAUAGAUAUGAGGCCUGUGUUUGGUGUGGCAAUGGCUAAGGCUGAGCCGCUUGUCGCAUUGUCUAAGCCAUGGCCUGAAAUGGUUCCUAUCUUGUCUCAGCUCUAGUGUCAUCUGUUUUGGCCAAGAAAGUUGAUUUAGAGGAUGCUUUUUAUGAAUAAACAAUACUAAGGAGGGUGAAUGAACAUAAAUCAGAAAU